AUGUAUUGUUUAAGGCAGAAGUUCAGUUUGUGUCGAGUCUACUUAAAAUCGACAACCUUGCAAACAUUUGACAGACGACCCUUAGGAGUGAUGAUGACAGAUGAAGCAACAGUUCACCAACCUCAUCAACUCAACGAGAUAAAUACAUCUCAUCAAAAUCCUCCAAUGACGGUGACAAGAACAAGUUCACCAAAAAACACAUCCACAGGAGACCAUGCCAAUCCUCCUCCUCAAGUUGUAGAAAAUAUUAGUUGGAACUUGGAUGUGGAUGCUGAUAAUGAUUUUUUGUGGGACUGGGAUGAUUUUAAUUGGUUUUAA